AUGAGAUUUGCACCCGCGUUUGUUGUUGCUUCCAUGGCCCUGGGCGCUAUGGCAGGCUGCCGUUCCGCGCCCGAAGUCUGCAAGUCUGAUGUCGGUCCCAUUUCACGAGGCCUCACCGACGGAUGGGUUUGCGAUCUCCCAGAAGACCUUCCCUGCCUGACAGAUUGUGAAAUCACUGGUUCGAGACAGCGAUCUGAGCCUGGUGUCGUAGGGGAGGAGACGACGAAGUGCUGCAGACCAAGCCCCAAUUGUAAGCCCUUUAUUAGCUCUAAAAUAAGACAGCGUCGGUACUGA